AUGACAGGAGACAGCCGUCGUUUAGCUCUUCGGAUUCACGUCCCCGAUGCCGAUGUCACAAAGACGCUGGUCUUUGACGCCUUAAUGACGGUCGGCCAGGCGUGCGAUCAAAUUCUACACCAGAUUCGCGAGAUUGAUGGCCUGGACAAUCGUAAGCCUGUGCGCACUAAUCGCGCUGUCCUCUUCUUUGUCACCCUACGUCCUGGUCUUUUUGUCCACUCUGCAGUGGAUUUACCCGAAGACUUUUCCCAAUCAAAACAUAGCUCCGUACGCUUUUACUCCUCCCGCGAGACCCCCAAAGACGAGGUCCACGCUGAUCGCCUGUUUGUGACUUUUGCCAACCAGUGCAUUGGAAGCCAAGGGAGUCCCAAAGAAUAUGGUCUAUUUCUACCCCACGAAGACAGCAAGAAGGGUCUCUGGCUGGACCCCUCUCGCAGCCUGGAACACUACAUUCUUCGAAACGGGGUAAGUCGGCCGCGUCUUGAAACGGACCAGCUCCACACAAAGUAUUAA